AUGUGGUCAAUUCACUUGAAUGCUACACGGGUUUCUCCAUCAUUCGUGGCCAAACAGUUGGUACAACCAAAGAACUUAACAGAAACAAAUGCAUCGAACGAAACUUAUUCGGUAGCAAAACAAUAUUCUGCUGCUGCGAUGAUCGAGAUUUGUGCAAUGCUGCCUCGACGUCUUUUGCAAUCAUUAUCUCCGUUGUAG